AUGAACGCUGAUCCAAGAAGACCCGAAAAAGUCCAGAGAUAUACUGCAAAGGCAAAUAAUGGAAAUGGCCAAGAGGACCUCACCCCAGAUUAUAUGAAUAUUCUUGGUCAGCACCAGACCACGGGAAAUGCGGUGGAAGCGUCGGAGAAGCAUGUCGACUCGAAUGCCGAACCUAACCUCCAACCGCACACCGAGGCGGUACCGUCAAACGCCGAUGAACACGCAGCGACUACCAAUGCUACGAAUGUGAUACCCCCAAGCCCUCAGUACGGCGUAGCCAUAAUAUCGAACGCCCCUGCCUCCGCGGAUCAACCCGCAGAAACGACUCCCACAGAAACCCUGACCGACACCACGGCCAAGUCCGAAGACAAAGAACUCCAUUCCACGCCGAGUCGCAACGACAGAUUCAAGGUCGUGAAGAUAGCCAGUCUGGAGCCCUUCAAGCGGGGCCGGUGGAAAUGCAUGGAUUACGUGGACGAAGCCCCGCCGGCGGGGGCUGCAAGGGUUCCGCAAUCCACGGGCAGCAUACAGAGCACCGGUGGCUCAUACAUGCAUUCCCAGAGUUUGCCCCAGCAACAGAUACAACAGAUGUUGCUGCAAGGCGGCUUCACCAACGGUACACAGUUUUUCACUAACAUGCCACAGCAAAUGGUGCCUCAGGGACAAUAUUUCUACUCCCAAAUGGCGAAUGUUCCCAAUCAACAAAUGGGAAAUGCUCCUAAUAGUAUCCCGGCACAGUUCAUCGGGAAUCAAGCAUUUUUCCCUGCUGGAGUCGUCCAAAACUCCCCGGGGUUUUUAGCACAGACUUUCCCAAACGUCCAAUAUGUCCCUAACGUGAUGCAGAAUCAAAGUGGCACUUUUCUACCGAUAUCACAAGCCGGGCAGUUCACACAGAACUUUCAGCAGAGCCAAUCCUAUGCGGGGCAACCGAAUGUUGCGCAAUCGGGGGUCGCUCAACCCAUGGUGAAUGGGCACACCUACAAUCCUCAGAACGAGCAACAGGUGGCCGGUAGCUUGCCCGCGCAGUCCGUCAAAAGUAUGUUGCUCAACACGAAUAAUCCUCCGCAGGUCAGUAGCCAAACGCAGAUCGCUCCACCCAACAUGCAGAACCAUAUACCCAUUCAAAACAACCCUGCCGUCAACCAAACGCCACAAUAUCAACAGAACACCUUUCAACAGCCUGUGACGGUUCAGCAGCCGCAAAGUCAACCGGCCCACAAUGUGGCGCCCACGCAGGUACACCAAAUCAAUCCUGCGGUACAAGUGGGUCAGCCUCAACCUCAGAAUUUGGAUCAGACUUUAGCCAGCAACAUGUACACCAACCCCAAGUUCGCAGUGAGUGUCAAUAGCCUGGCUGUUUUAGAUAAUAGUGAUAAUACGACUGAAGUGAACGAGACUAACAGUGGAGCAGAGACUGUGGCUGAACAUCAUGAUGACCCGGCCAAAACCAAUCCGGUGGUCAACGCCAUCGACAACAAAAUCGAGCAGGCCAUGGAUCUGGUGAAGAGCCACCUGAUGUACACAGUAAGAGAAGAGGUGGAAGUACUGAAAGAGAAAAUUGCAGAGCUGAUGGAGAGGAUUCAGCAGUUAGAAACUGAGAAUAACUUUCUGAGAUCGCAAAUACCGAAGGCACAAAGUGUAUCGGCAGCACCGCCUGCUACGAUACUUCCGCAACCUGCGGUCAUUACAAAUCCUAGUCCCAACUUUAUCCCCAAUUCGAACACUAACCCUGUCGCGAGUAGCGCUCCUGUGACGAAUCCCAAUCAGAAUAACGCCCCCAUCACGCAGGGACACUCUUUGCCUCCCACCGAUGCGAUAAACCAGCAAUAG